AUGUAUCCACCAUUUACAUUUUAUGACAUUGUAAAAAAUUGUGAUUGUUACCCAUAUCCAAAUGAGUUAGUCAAUGAUUCCGAUAAUAAAUAUAAAAACGUAGUUCCACUUAUUUUUGAAACAACUAAAUUAGGCUUAAUUUUACCAUCAAUAAUACCAACAUUAAAAGAAUAUAACGAUAAACAAAACCCAAAACCUUUCUCAAUUCAGUAUGAUGAUGCAGGUUCUUCAAAUUAUGUAAAAUUUCGACCUCAUUUAAAUACUUUUGAAAAAAGAACUGAAGCUGUUCAAAAACUUUUUGAACAAUGGAGGCAAGAAAAAAAAAUUAAGCGGUUGGAAGGCUGGAGGAAUGAAUUAUAUCCAGUUUAUGGAGACAAUGGCGAAGUUGCGUUUUUAAUUGAACGUAGUGCUUCACCAUUGUUUGGUGUGGUAACAUAUGGAAUACACUUGUCUGCAUAUUUAAAAAUCAAAGAUGACAACAACAAUAAUAAAAUUAAAAUGUGGAUUGCAAAACGAUCCUCAACAAAACAAACAUGGCCAGGUAUGUUGGAUAAUACGGUUGCAGGUGGUUUGCCAUAUAAAAUGUCAUUACAAGAAUGUGUUAUCAAAGAAGCAAUUGAAGAAGCUAGUCUUGAAAGAAACAUUGCAGAAAAAGCUAAACCUGUUGGAGCAAUUAGUUAUUUUAUAUCUAGUGAUGAUGGAUAUGUUUAUGACCUUGAAUUGCCAGAAGAUGUUGUACCUAAGCCACUUGAUGGUGAAGUUGAUAGUUUUUAUUUGCCUUUACCUAGUAUGUAUCGUGACAAAUUUGACAAAAUGACUGAUUUGGAAAACCAAAUGGAAAUGAUAAAACAAGGUACGCACCCUGAACUCCUUGCUCGCAUUGAAGAAAUCGAAAAAAGAAAGAAGCAACGAUUGGAGAUGAUAAUGGCCGAAAAAAGAUUUACAGUCCAACUUAUUGAAAAAGAUUAUAAAGCGGAUGAAUUUGUUGCGCAUUGUGAAUUCAAUUCAGAAAAAAGAAAAUUUAAAAAAAGAAAACUAGAAGAAUUAGAGGAUUUAAGGUGUAGAAUCAAGACAGAAAAACGACGAAUAGAUGUUUUGGAUGAAGAAGAUUAUGUUAUACCUAACCGUGAACGACUUGUGAAACGAAGAAGGACAAAAGAAAUUGUUGCCUCCAAUUGCGAAUUUUUAUAUAAUAAUUAUGGAUUCCCAGGAAAUAUCCUUUUUUAA